CGUUUAGGUGACUCCGCGGGACAAUGUCAUCCUGCCGGAGGAACACAUGAAGCUGAUCUUUUUGAGGUAGAGAGCGAACUUCGAGCUUGAAUCGGUGGUGAGGCUAUAUCAGCGUACAGUGUAGCAGGGUGUUGGAUGCAUAGGCAGGUCACUUCAAGUUCGACUGCCUCAAACUGCGCGCCCCGAUGUCCGACUGGAGUUUAACCAGUUUGUCGAUGUGACUGCUGCAGACCUAUAACGCGCUCCAGGCCGCGAGUUGGCCUAUAACUAGAGCCUUGCUUGAGUCGUGCGUGUAGUCCCAUGUCGAACACACGCCAGGAGAGCUUGAGGUUUCCGGGGUCCGGGCCGAGGCUCCUGUUGCCGCACUCAACCUUGCAUUGCCUGUGGACCUGCUCUCACCUUCGAUACCCUAUACCCGCACUCUGACGAGUAGCAUGGCGAGCAAGGCUACUAGGCUUCGUGCCAUCGCACUCUACAAGGAGCUACACCGGUUGGGCCGUGACUAUCCUGACCCGUCGUACAAUUUUCACGGCAAACUUCGAGGGCUAUUUGAGAAGAACAGGAACCUGACAAACCCGGAGGAAAUUGAGAAGGCGAUCAAACUUGGGGAGUACAUUCGCAAUGAAACUCUUGCACUAUACUCACUUCGCAAGUAUCGACAUCUGAAGAGAAUGUAUCCCCAAGAACCUGCUGUCGAGCCCAUCCCGGAAGCCCGCAGCUCGCCCAUGAAGAACACAUGACAGUGC